AUGCUCUCACCGCCAGCGGACCCCCCUCACGGCCCAGAUAACCACAAUGUAGCUGGAAACAGUAUCUCCUUUGAUGAACAAUCUUCGGCCCUCUCGAGGGCCGACUCAACCACAGAAGAUGUGCCAAAGGCAUUCCAUCAGAAUGAAUCCUACCAGGCUCCUCCGACCAGACUCAUUUUUCUCGCCCCAGGCAUAUCUUCAACGGCACGCCGUCCUUCAUUCAUUGAUGAGGAGGAAGACCCCAUAGCAACAGCAACUUCGGCCCAUGAACCGUCCAGUCCAUCUCCCAACGAAGCCCCGGUGACAUGGACGUCCUUACCCAAAAAGAGCCAACUCGCCGUCCUUACCAUUGCACGACUUUCUGAGCCUCUUACUGAACGGUCCCUCGCCGCAUACAUGUUCUACCAACUCCGCUUCUUUGACUCGUCCCUACCAGACAGUACGAUUGCCAGCCAGGGAGGAAUGCUGACAGCUUCGUUCGCGGCCGCACAAUUUUUGACGGCGGUAUGGUGGGGCCGAGCGGCUGAUACUCCUUGGAUCGGCCGGAAAAGGGUUCUCAUGGUUGGCUUGUUCGGGACCUGUGUGAGUUGUAUUGGUGUGGGCUUCUCCAAAUCCUUCGCUCAAGCGUUAUUCUUCCGUGCAUGCGCCGGAUGUUUGAAUGGCAACGUGGGGGUGAUGAGAACAAUGAUCAGCGAGAUUAUCAAGGAGAAGAAAUAUCAGUCCCGCGCCUUUCUUCUCUUGCCAAUGUGCUUCAACAUCGGUGUUGUCAUCGGUCCCAUUUUGGGUGGCUUUCUUGCCGACCCCAUCUCCUCAUUUCCACACAUCUUUGGACCUGGAUCCCUUCUCGGCGGAAAAGACGGAGUGAAAUGGAUGUCUUCAUUUCCGUACGCUCUCCCCAACGUGGUCAGCGCCGUCUUCAUUCUCGUCUCUGCACUCUGCGUCGUGCUCGGACUCGAUGAAACCCAUCCCGCUCUGAGGAACAACCCAGAUCAUGGCCGCCAACUUGGGAAAUUCUUGUAUCGAUACCUCUUCCACCGUGGCCAGCGAGACUCGUACGAAUACACUCAACUCACCAAUCAAGUCGAGUUACAAGACGUCGUGGCCACUGGAGACGACAUCAGAGACCGAGAUCCCGAGUCGUCCACAGAUCCAACACCCAAGCCUCCCUCUUCAUUCAAAGCAAGCCUGAAUUUUCGGCAGAUCUUCACCAAAAACGUUAUCUUGACGCUGAUCUCUCACCACCUCCUUGCAUUGCACGUGUCAGCCUUCAAUGCGUUGAUCUUCCUCUUUCUCCCGGCACCUCGAUCAAACAACAAAGACUCACGCCUCCCCUUUCUCUUCACCGGCGGACUAGGCCUCAGUAGUGACCGCGUUGGUCUCGCUACCGCCAUCAUCGGUGUCAUUGGUUUCCCGCUGCAGAUCCUCCUAUACCCAUCCGUCAACGCCAAACUAGGAACUCUACCGAGUUACAAGGUCUUUCUCCCCUUUUCAGUCGUCGCAUACCUGACCAUCCCGUAUCUGGCGCUGCUCCCGAACAAGCCGCUACUGAUCUGGCCGACACUGACCCUGGUGUUGACGUCCCAAGUCAUCUCCCGUACCUUCGCGCUCCCUGGUACCACCAUCCUGGUCAACAACUGCACACCACAUCCCAGCGUACUAGGUACCAUCCACGGCUUCGCUCAAAGCGUUUCCUCCGGCGCUCGUACCCUCGGCCCUACACUCGGUGGCUGGGGUUUAGGCCUCGGCCUGGGUGGGAACUGUGUCGGCGCCGUCUGGUGGGCCAUUGCCGGUAUCGCGGUCCUCAAUUGGGCGCUGCUCUGGGUCAUUUUCGAGGGUGACGCAGGCAGUUCGGCACCGUGA